AUGUCUAGCAAUACUUCUUCUUCGGCGGCCUAUCUCUCUUUAGCUCAAAGCCUGUUUCCAUUGGGUCAAGCAAUCUCUCAACCAGUAGCUAGCCUGCUUGUAAAAAAGCUGCGACAGAUUAAGAUUGUCCUCAUCGGUUCUAUCAUAAUUGCCAUUGGCGGGAACGUGACAUACAUGGCAGCGGAUAGAGCGAAUUCUGUUGCGCUGAUUAUCCUGGGAAGAGCUUUAGCUGGUUUUGGGGCAGGUAAGGUGGGGUGGACUGAAUUCAUUUGCCGUUAAUUCGUAUACGGUUUUCUUUUUCAAUAACAAUUAAUGCUGAAUUAGAAUAACUGUUUUUUCGAGUUUUGAUGAAGACGAUUAUUCUUUGACACUGCUGGAAACACCUUGUGUGUGGGGAGGGGGAGGGGGAGGGCUACGAAUUUGACCCCCAACCAAACAAACAUAAACUUUUGUAAAGUUCUGCGAUUUUGCAGAGUUACAGUUAGUUUUUAACAAAUAUCGUUUAAACUUGGCAACUUUACUGAUUUUAAGGCGUUUCCAGCCACAAAUUAUCGCUAACUGGCGCCAGUUUUAAGUUGAAAAAACUGUGGAAGAAUCUGUUAUGUUGCUACCGCUACCAAUCUGUCUGAAGGCUUCGUUUUGACGGUUAUCUCCCGGGCGGGGUGUACUCCCGUAUUUAAGCUAUAUAGGUAUGUGCCGCCCCAAAGGAUAGGGUUUUUGCGCCGUUUUGGUCAGAAAACGGGUAUAGACUUUGCUUAUUUUGGUCUGAAAUCGGGUAUGGUUUUUAGGCGAACUACGGGAGUGUACGAACGUAUUAAUUCUUUCAAUUCCAAAUGAUUAAGAAAGAGAGAAAUAUGCGAGUUCGAAAUGGUUUUCAGAAAUCUUUUUUGUUGCUGUUCUAAUCUAAGUAAUUAUGACAUAAUCUCUUAAAGGCCAGGUCUGAGAAUGCGUAUGUAUUUUGGAGGCCAGGUCUGAAAACGGGUGUGAAAAAUGACAUUUUUUGGUCUGAAAUAGGGUCCCGGAUUUGGAGAACCGGACGGCACUCCGCACACCCCUGCCAAAAAUUCCUAGGAGUACCCCCGGGGGAUAUCUCUUGAAGUGAACAAGAAGGAAAGAUAAGUUUGAUAUUUUAAAGUGACUGCUGAUAUGUGACCCUUCCUACUAGGUAGCGGAGGAGUAGCUUAUGGUUUUAUAGGUGCUAACACCAGCCGAGAAAGCCGCACCAAGUUUAUGUCUUAUUACAGGGUUACGUGUAUGGCUGGAGUAAUGUCCUCCACGAUUGGU